AUGUCUCCUACCGUGACUUCUGAUCCCGUCUCGACCCCCCCGCGUCCCCCGACCCCCGUCAACGCGUUCGGGACUCUCGCCGUCCACGCCGGCUCACCCCACGAUCCUCACACCGGCGCCGUCAUUGAAUCCAUCUCCCUGUCCACGACUUUUGCCCAGACGGCUGUCGGCAAGCCCGUGGGCGAGUACGAAUACUCGCGCUCCGCCAACCCCAACCGGACCAACUUCGAGGCGGCCGUCGCUGCUCUUGAGCAUGCCCGCCACGCUCUUGCCUUCUCCAGCGGCAGCGCCACCACCGCCAACAUCCUGCAGAGCUUGGCUGCCGGCAGCCAUGUAAUCUCCGUCUCGGACGUCUACGGCGGCACCCACCGCUACUUCACCCAGGUCGCCAAGGCCCAUGGCGUAAAGGUCACCUUCACCCCCGAGAUCGAGGUCGACAUCAGCGAACACAUCAACGAGCAGACCCGUCUCAUCUGGAUCGAAUCUCCCUCCAACCCUACCCUCCGCCUGGUCGACAUCCGCGCCGUCGUCACCGAGGCCCACAAGCACGGCAUCCUCGUCGUCGUCGACAACACCUUCCUGUCUCCCUACGUGCAGAACCCUCUCGACCACGGCGCCGACAUUGUCGUCCACAGCGUCACCAAGUACAUCAACGGUCACAGCGACGUUGUCAUGGGUGUCGCUGCCUUCAACAGCGACGAGCUCAAGACCCGCCUGAGCUUCCUUCAAAACGCCAUCGGCGCUGUCCCUUCGGCCUUUGACUCGUGGCUUGCCCACCGUGGCCUCAAGACCCUUCACCUGCGAGCACGCGAGGCCACUCGAAACGCUACCGCCGUCGGUCACGCCCUCGAGUCUUCCCCCCACGUCAUCUCUGUCAAUUACCCUGGUCUUGAUUCUCAUCCUCACCGCGCCAUUGCUCUCAAGCAGCACCGCGAUGGCAUGGGCGGCGGUAUGCUGUCCUUCCGAAUCAAGGGUGGACACGCCGCCGCCGAGCGAUUCUGCCAAGUCACCAAGAUUUUCACUCUCGCCGAGUCCCUGGGCGGCGUUGAGUCUCUGGUAGAGCUGCCUAGCAGCAUGACCCAUGCAGGCAUCCCUCGUGACCAACGAGAAGCCGUCGGUGUCUUUGACGAUCUGGUCCGCCUGAGUUGCGGCAUUGAGGAUGCACAAGAUUUGAAGAAUGAUGUCCUUCAGGCACUUGAGCGUGCGGUCAGGGACACUGCUAAGAAUGGCCUUUCCAACGGCGUCAACGGACAAUGA